AUGGGGAGACCAAAGCGGCAGAAACUGCCCAAUACGACUCUGAAGCGAGCUGUGCUCAGCCUGCUGCCCGCCUGCUGUGCCCGCUUCCUCUGGAGCCAGCCCAACCAGCUCCGCCUCAGCAAGUUCUUCCUGGGCGCAGGCGUUGGGGGCUUCCUGGCCCUCGGCCUCUCCCAGCUCCUCCUCUUCCCCACGAGCCUCGACGAGGGUCACAAGAUCAAGCUGAUGUACGGGCUGGCAGGUGUCAGUGCCCUGGGCUGGGGCGUCUCCCCGCACUUCCGCUGCGCCAGCCUCCUGGUCGCCCCCAAGUUCCUGGGCAAGGAGGGGCGGCUCUACCUGCUCACCUACGUCCUGGCUGCUGUCUAUGACGGCCCCAUCGCCAACAUGCGCCACAACCUGGACGAGGCGAUCCGCUCCGUGGGCUGCACCGUGGAGCUGCAGAUCAACCACAGCCGGCAGAUCUGGAAGGUGUCCACGGCCCCCCUGCGUGCCGUGCUGCGCGACAUGGUGAAGGGCGGACGGACCCUCAAUGCGGAGACCCGGAACGUCUCGCAGGCUUUCGCGGGGCUGAACGAGCAGGUGGCCAGUGAGGCAGGGUACGGCGUGAGGCGGCCGCGCCGGGCACAGGGGCAGCGCACCCCCAGCACACAGCAGCUGUACGAGCAGAAAACCAAACUGCGCUGCAAAUUGAUGCACACCUGGUGCAGGGACAAGAUCCCCGUGGAGGGAAACUUCGGCCAAACCUACGACAAAGUGAACGGCUCCGUGGCUGGCAUCAGCCAGGACUUCAGCGCCCAGCUGGUCGUCCAGCACGAGCCCCAGGACACGCUGAUGGGCGUGAAUGUUUCCCGGGAGCGGCUCACCGAGGAGGUGACCGCGCACGUGCGUCAGCAGAGUGUCCGGCUGGGCCAGGCCAUCUCCGUGCUGCGCCUGCUGCUCUCCUGCACCUUCCUCUUCAUCUUCAUCUCUGCUUUCUCCUACAUGAACCACUAUAACCAUGAUAUCCGCUUCGACAACCUCUAUGUCACCACCUACUUCCGCCAGCUCGACGCCCGGCGCUGGAAGCAGAAGAAGCGUACAUUAUUGCCCCUGCGCCGGGCCGAGGUCUCUGGCGUGAUCUUCCCCUGCAGACUGGCCAUGCAGCCGCCUGAGCUGAAGAGUCUGAUGCUGGAGCUGCUGGAGUGUGUCCCCCCGCUGCUCUUCCUGCUGCUGGCCUGGGGCCUCGACCACGUCCUCUACACCAUGUUCAGCGUCAUCCGCCACCACUCCUUUGUGCAGUACUCCUUCCACAGCAGCCACCACCUGGAGGUGCGGGUCGGGGGCCGCUCCCUGCUGGCUCGGCUGCUCCGAAGCACCAUCGGCGCCUUGAACACGUCCUCCGAGAUGGCACUGGAGUCGACUAACCUGGCCUGCCUGCCGCAGCCCCAGGCCAUGGCACAGAGCGACUACCUGGCCAGCUGCCUGCCCCUGGGGGCCCUGGUGCUGCUGUGUCUGGGCCAGGUGUAUGCCCACCGCCUGCGCCGCGUCAUUGCUGCCUUCUAUUUCCCCAAGCGGGAGAAGAAGCGGGUCCUCUUCCUGUACAACGAGCUGCUGCACAAGCGUCAGGCCUUCAUCCGGCUGCAGAGGAGACGCAUCACCCAGCAUGCCCGGCGGCACCAGGCCUUCGAGAAGCCCCUGCUGGAGCGUCUCUACCUCUGGUGCCCACUUCUGCGCCGCUGCCUGCGCCGGUACUGCGUGCUGUGCGGCUCGCCCGAGAGCCGCGCCUCCCAGCUGUGCCCGACGCCCACCUGCGGCACCAUCUACUGCCAGCCCUGCUGGAGGGACAUGGGGCAGGUCUGCUUCGCCUGCACCCCCGGCCACGCGUCCCUGUCUGGAGACAGCAGCAGCGAGGAGCAGAUGACCUACACAGACUGAGGCGUGGGGGGCCAGCGGGAGGCUCCUCCCCAGGACAGGG